AUGGCAACGCAGGCGGAGGUAGCCGAGCAUCUUGGUAUAACUGAACGCUGGUUGCGGGAUCUUCAGAAGCACCCGGGAGCGCCAAAAAAUCGAAAGCGUGGUGAAUACGAUAUUGAUGCCUGGCGAUAUUUUUAUAUUUCAUACCGUAUACGCAAAGGAAGAAGCGAUACUGAUGACGAUGGAAAUAGCGAUUACGAAGAAAAAUUACUUAUCGCCAGAUGGAAAUUGACUGAAGAACAGGCAAUAGCACAGCAAUUAAAAAAUCAGGUAACCGAAGGCAAGCUCAUUGAUUCUGGGUUCUGCGUUUUCGCUCUCAGCAAACUGGCGAUGGCAUUGUCCAGUACGCUUGAUUCCAUUCCUUUAUCCAUGCAGCGACAGUUCCCGGAUUUAACCCCGCGUCAUAUCGAUUAUCUGAAAACCCUUAUCGCAAAAGGCGCGAAUCAGUGUGCGCGGACAGGGGAUAAAUUGCCGGAGUUACUCGAUGAAUAUAUCCGAACUACAGCUGAAUAA